UUUAGCAUCGCGUAGUGGUGAUUUAUUCACGCAUAUUUAGCGAUCAAGCAUUUGUGAGGAAGUCAGAACUUAUUGUUGAAACAUGCAGAGUUGAACGAACAAUACUAUGGUACAUGACUUUUUGGGGUUUUGGAAUGAAUUUCAUGCUACGCAUGAAUCUCAAUAUAGCAAUAGUGUCUAUGGUUCGACCAAUAACUGUGAAAGAUGGAUUAAAAAGCGAAUACUACGAAAAUCAUAGCCUUUCGCAUAAUACAUCGUAUUUGAGUGACACUAACAAAGAUAAUGACAAUGUUUUCGAGUGGGAUGAAUACCAACAAAAUAUGGCUAAAGGAUCAUUUUUUUGGUUACAUAUGCUGUUACAAAUCCCUGGUGGAUUAUUGGCACAAAAAUUCGGAGCUAAAUCCAUAUUUGGCUUUAGUAACGGUUUAGUUUCUCUACUCACUUGCGUGAUACCUUUGUCGGCAAAAUUUAAUUUCAAUGUUUUGAUUUUAAUACGAGUUUUUCAAGGUCUCAUAGCUGGAUUAGCGUGGCCAUCAAUGCAUGCGAUGGUGGGUAAAUGGAUACCUCCUCAUGAAAGAAGCCGUUUCGUGUCAGCAUAUUUAGGUAUUUAUAUUUUAAAAUUAGUUUACUCAUUGUUAUUUUUARAAUAUAAUUUUCAAUUAUUAAAAWUUUUUAAUAAUGCUCUGAUAACUUGCUGACSUGGGUAAGUACUUGGCUCUGACAUUUGAGAAAAAUCGAUUAAUAGAUAGUUUGUCGAUAUAKGUUACACAUUU